AUGGCGUCGGCGGCGAUGCUCCGGUCUGCUGCCCGCUCGCUCCGGCUCCGGCUCCGGCAGCCCCUGGAGCAGCAGCGGUGCCUUCUAGCAAGGCAAUUCCUCAGCAGCUCCGUACCCACCGAGACACUAGGCCUCCUAAGGAGUUCUACACAUGUCAGAAGCUACAGCAGUCAACUUUCUGCUUUGAUUCCAGCUACUUCCCAAUGCUCAAAUCUGACAAGAAAACGCUGUUACUUACCUCAUCCCUCUCUGUACCAAGUCUGGAGUAGGUCAUUUGCUUCAGACAAUGGAGACAAGUUUGAGGCUGUUGUGCCCUUCAUGGGCGAAUCUGUAACUGAUGGAACUCUUGCUAACUUCUUAAAGAAACCUGGAGACAGAGUCGAGGCCGAUGAACCCAUAGCGCAGAUUGAAACUGAUAAGGUCACUAUAGAUGUUGCAAGUCCUGAGGCUGGUGUUAUCGAAAAGCUCAUUGCUAGUGAAGGCGACACAGUUACUCCCGGCACUAAAGUUGCAAUCAUAUCCAAGUCUGCUCAACCUGCUGAAACACAUGUUGCUCCAUCUGAGGAAGCAACUCCAAAAGAAUCAUCACCGCCUAAAGUUGAAGAGAAACCAAAGGUAGAGGAAAAAGCCCCAAAAGUUGAACCUCCCAAGAUGCAAGCACCAAAGCCAACUGCACCAUCAAAAACGUCCCCUUCAGAACCACAGCUCCCUCCAAAAGAACGAGAGCGGAGGGUGCCGAUGCCAAGGCUCAGAAAGCGUAUUGCAAACCGGCUUAAGGAUUCUCAGAACACCUUUGCAAUGCUGACUACAUUUAAUGAAGUUGACAUGACCAAUUUGAUGAAGCUUCGUUCUGAUUAUAAAGAUGAAUUUGUCACAAAGCAUGGUGUCAAAUUGGGCCUAAUGUCUUGCUUUGUCAAGGCUGCUGUUUCUGCGCUUCAAAACCAACCAAUUGUCAAUGCUGUCAUUGAUGGUGAUGACAUCAUAUACAGAGACUAUGUAGACGUCAGUGUUGCUGUUGGCACAUCCAAGGGACUUGUGGUUCCUGUUAUCCGGGAUACUGAUACCAUGAACUUUGCUGACAUUGAGAAAGGGAUAAACAACCUUGCAAAGAAGGCAACUGAGGGGGCGCUCUCAAUUGAUGACAUGGCAGGAGGAACAUUUACCAUCUCCAAUGGUGGUGUCUAUGGAAGCCUCAUCAGCACACCUAUCAUCAACCCCCCACAGUCGGCAAUUCUGGGGAUGCAUUCCAUUGUGCAACGCCCUGUGGUUGUGAAUGGUGACAUCCUCGCGAGGCCAAUGAUGUACCUUGCGCUGACAUACGACCACAGGCUGAUCGACGGCAGAGAGGCUGUCUUCUUCCUGCGGCGCAUCAAGGAUGUGGUCGAGGACCCCAGGAGGUUGCUGCUUGACAUAUAA